UCUAAUGGUGACCAAUGAGGUGCUAUGUUCUGUUCUGGUGUCAUAUGACGAUACGUCACAUUUCAAGAUGGUGGGGGUAGCCAUACCGCUGGUAGUGGUGACACUUUUUUGGCUGAUCAUCGGCGCUGGAGUGCCGUGGGCCAUCCCAAAAGGACCAAACAGAGGAGUUAUCCAGACAAUGAUAGUGACAACUGCAGUGUGCUGUUAUGUAUUUUGGUUGGUGGCGACUCUAUCCCAGCUGAAUCCCCUGAUUGGACCCCAGCUGAAAAAUACCGUGAUCAAGUACAUCAAGUGGUCAGAGACAGAAAAAUAGGUUUGACAAUCAGUGGAGAUCACAUGCAAUGAAGUAUGUAGCAUACUUCAGGAAAGUCGAACAGUAAGGACUAUUCAAACAUCAACACAAACCCUAGAUCAUCAUAAGAAAGCUGCUUGAUGGAGAAUCUCCUGAAUCUGACUGCGAAGAAAACUGACCAUUGACUUAAAGUGAUCCAUACCUCAAAACCUCUUGGGAGAAAUGCACAUAUUUAGUCUAAAAAUGACUCGUUGAAGUAUUCCUGUUAGUACUCUUCCUGUAAUUCUGAAUGUUAAGGCAUUCUAGUACUAUAGUUUAAAAGGUAAAGAUGGCUUAUGAAUGAUUUUGUAAUGAGGUUCUGUAACACUGGAUAUUUUUUGUAUAUUUAAGUUGUAUUCAACUAUAAGUAUGAUAUAUAAUAACCAUUUAGGUCUUCACUUUCUCUUCAGAUCAUGCGUACAUGUACUCGUACACACAUCACACACGCAUCAGUCCAAUGACUGUCUUUAAUUUGCAUGAACUCAACUCAACAUUGUACAUCUAGAAAGACUGGCAAUAGCCAAUACUCUGGUGUUCUGUGAGGUUGUUUGAGCUAGGUACUUGAUGUAAGGUAUAAAAUGAAUCAGCAAGAUGUCUCCAUCUAUACAUGUAGAUCAGAUAUCACAUUGGGAGAUUAGUAAAAUACUUAUAGCCUUGUACAACUAAAAGCCAUUAAAGAAUAUAUACACAGCUAGUAAAUAUAGAUUAUUUCAUUUGUAUUGUGAACUGUGUUGGAGGUGAAUAUCUGUACUAAAUGUGUAGCUGGCAAGUAUGAAACAGAGCCUGAGAAGAUAUUUCAGGACAUUCCGUUGUCAUUAGAAUUGUAGUGUAGGACCUGUAGCAGUGUAUCUGCAGUUCCAAGGCUAACAAACAUCAUACAACGUAUCUCUUGGCUAUAGAAACUGUACAACUUUAUCAGUCAUACAACUUAACUGUAGUAAUGCUGAGAUUUGGAGGUCAUCAACUCUCAUAAUACAUGUACAUGUAGUUUGAAAUCAUGUUUUACAAUCAUCUACUGCUACUGUUAUUAGUGGUGUGAAGACAACAGAAAACCUGACCAUCUUCUAAAGUAUCAUUCAUGGGUGUGCUCAUAUAUUUGUAAAUAAAAGUGAUCAAUGUGA